AUGCUGUUUUUUCAGCGAUUACGUCGCCUUUAUAUACUAGCAAUUACACUCUUGUUUUGCAUUAUUUUCAUACAGAUUAUCCCAUACUUUGGGCCCGGCCUCAGCAUCUCUAGGCCAUCGAGUUGCCAGCUCCCUGUUACGCCGCCUCACAUAUCCUCCUCCCAUACCUCGAACUGCCCGCUUUUAUCGGCUUCACACCCGCAAGCAGACUCCUCUCAUACAAAGUUAGCAUCAGCCUUGUCACCAGCAGAGCUUCUUUGUCGUUCGCCAAAGCCUUUACCAGGGGGGAUUCCGAAGCUGCUUCACCAAAGUUGGAAAUCAACAGAAUUACCUGCUAAAUUUAAAAAAUGGAGCAAUACAUGUCGCAGGCAGCAUCCUGAUUGGGAGUGGGUUCUCUGGACUGAUGAAGAUAACCUCCAGCUUGUCAAGCAAUACUUUCCGUGGCUCGAGGAUACCUUUUCAAGUCUCCCCGGGAAUAUUUACAGAGCAGAUUUGGCACGGAGUCUUUAUAUGUAUAUUUUUGGCGGCGUUUACGCCGAUUUGGACACCGAAUGUCUGCGCCCUACACUUGAUGCUCUUGCAUCCCAAAACAUUUCUUUGCCCGGUCAACCCAACGAAAGUUCUGGCGAUGAAGCAUCCGUGGCGCGUGUUGCGCUGCUUGGUCGCAUGGGGUCUGAUCCAGCCUUCGAUCACAGCAUACCUAAUGCAUGGAUGGCCGCCUCAGCUGGACAUCCGUUCUUUUUAUUACCAAUGAGCUCUGCGCAAGCAGAGAUACAAAAGAGCAGGCGCAUUCUGCACAGCUGGUGGUACGAUUACCCCUCAGCAGAGCAGUUGACUGGUCCUAUUGCUCUGCUAAAAAAUGUUAAACAAUAUGAAUUUUGCGGCGACGCAGCGAACAAAAUAAUUGUAUUGCCCGACAGUAUGGUAUACCCUUUCAAUUGGAACACCAAAGAAAAUGUGCGAUCUUUGUGUUCAGCUGAGAAGGAGACAUUCAAUGAAACUCUGUGUAAGGAUGUGUUGGAAGUCGACCUAAAAGGUAGCAUUUCCAUAACAUACUGGUCUCAUACUCACAGAGGCAAGGGCGCAGACGUGGAAAACAUAGAACGCAUUAGCCAAGACGGAUAA